GGCAGCGUUGCUCUGUGCAGGACCCACCCAACCUCGACACGCCCUGUGUUUGUUAUGAUCGGCGCUGUUGAUAUAUAGACACUUUGUUAUUUGUCUUCAUAUACAUUGAUAAGAAUGCCUCUGUUUGAAGGUUUAGGCAGCGGUGGAGAGAAGACAGCUGUGGUUAUUGAUUUAGGAGCCGCGUACACAAAAUGUGGUUUUGCUGGGGAAACAGGGCCAAGAUUCAUUCUUCCCAGUGAAAUCAAACGGCCUGGAUCACAAGAGGCUGUGCGAGUGGUUCAAUACAACAUUAACACAGAGGAGUUGUAUAAUGUUCUGAAGGAGUUUAUUCACCUGCUGUACUUCAGGCAUUUGCUGGUGAAUCCUCGUGACCGUCGUGUGGUGAUCAUUGAAUCCAUCCUCUGCCCUUCGCACUUCAGAGAGACUCUCUCUAGAGUUUUCUUCAAACAUUUUGAGGUGCCGUCGGUUGUGUUUGCUCCCGGUCAUCUGAUGUCCAUCAUGACUUUAGGUGUUCAGUCUGCUCUGGUCAUGGAUUGUGGCUACACAGAGACUCUGGUCUUACCUAUUUACGAAGGAAUUCCCAUCUUAUCCGCUUGGGAAGCUCUUCCACUGGGAGGACAAGCUCUUCAUAAGGAGCUGCGCAGUCUGUUGUGUGAGCAGUGUACAGUGGACGCAGGCGCAGGUCUCCGGCUGCCCACUGACAGAAGCUCUAUUUCAGAGGAUGUCGUGGAGGACAUCAAAGUGAGGACGUGUUUUGUCAGUGAUCUUAGCGGAGGCUUAAAGAUCCAGGAGGCCAAAUUUAACAUGGAUGGAUCAGCUGAGAGACCUGCACCUCCACCAGAUGUGGAAUAUCCAUUAGAUGGCCAGAAGAUUCUACACGUCAAGGGUUCCAUCAGAGACGCUGUGGCUGAGAUGUUGUUUGAGCAGGAUAAUGAAGAGAAAUCUAUUGCCACUCUGCUGCUGGAUGCUUUGGUCAAGUGUCCCAUUGACACGCGCAAGGUUCUGUCAGAGAAUCUGGUGAUCGUCGGUGGAACGGCCAUGCUGCCUGGGUUCCUGCAUCGACUCUUGGCUGAGAUCCGCUCCCUGGUGGAAAAACCCAAGUACUGCGAUGCUCUGGCCACCAAGAGCUUCCGUAUCCACAGCCCACCCGCCAAACCCAACUGCACCGCCUGGUUAGGAGGUGCAAUAUUUGGAGCGUUGCAGGACAUCUUGGGCAGUCGCUCUGUGUCCAGAGACUACUACAACCACACAGGCCGUAUACCAGACUGGUGCUGUCUCAGCAGCCCCCCACCGGAUUCAGUGUAUGAGGCGGGAAAGACGCCCCCCCCACUCAUGAAGAGAGCUUUCUCCACCGAGAAAUGAACCUCCUAUCAUACACACAUGUAUAACCCCACAGACUGCUCAUGCGUGUUCUCUACAGAAAUGUGUCUUGUUGUGUAAUUUUAAACCCGACACAUUUGUGUACUGCCCUACAUGUACAAAAACAAGCCCACCAGAGGGCAGUCACAGAGGAGACAUCAUCUGCGUGCAAACGCGCAUGCUUGUGAAUAUAGCUGUGGUCGUAAACAGAAAUGACUCAAUUCUGUUUCAGAACGUGACGGUUAUCUGUUAUCUAUUAAGGUCAUAUUUUUAAAGCGCUGAUGUAGAGCAUAGAAGGCCAAUAAGUGUCAAGACAAACUAAAUCCCAUUUCAAUUACAUUUGUCCACUAAGAGUUAAAAACAGUUGAUAUGUUGAGAAGCUCAGUGUAUUUAUUUGGUUUGUAAAUAAAUAAACAUUCCAAAAUCA